CGAACGAGGAGCAUUUGUGGGAGCAGCGAGCAGCGACAUAAAAAACUUAAAAAACGACCUGAUGUCAAGACAGUCUGGGAGGACGUGUGCCGUCAUCGGCUGUCACAACAACAGUAAAAGGCUACAGUUGUGGAAAAAGUCGGUAUGUGAGACGCACAUGCCGUUACUUAAAGAAGAUUGUCCGUGUUGUACACCAUAUGGCCUACACCGCUUUCCUGGUCGUGUGGGGGACGAAGGUGUUCGGAAGGUGUGGAUAAAAAAUAUCAACAGGAAGGACUUCAUACCCAAUAAAAACAGCACGGUCUGUGGAAUACACUUCCCUGAUGGCAGACCAACAAAGGAACACCCAUACCCUGUGUUGAAUAUGGGAUAUGAACGUCAUGAAGCGCCAUCAUCUGGAAGACCCCCCCCCAAAGAGAAGAUGUUUCCAGCCCUCAACAGACAACACAUCACGUGAUGAAACUCCACUAAUGGAUUCUGAAACUGAAGAAGAUAGUAUGCCUCCACAGAAAUGUGAUGUUGGCACCCAGUGUCCAGAUCCUGUUGACCAUAACUAUUGUUCACACAAGUCAAAAAAAGAUGCAGGUACACAAACUGAUCAUACACCGUCACUGUCAGCUUACGAUUUAGAUGACAAAGUGUCAAAGUUUUACACCGGCCUAGCUAUUGACAGUUUUUGGAAACUUUUGUACACCAUCAUGGCUUUUCUCCCACUGCCCAAAAUAUCCAAAUUAGCAGUCCAUGACCAACUAUUACUAGUUUUAAUGAGGCUUCGUCUUGGUUUGAUGUUCACAGACUUAAGUAUACGAUUUGGGAUAAGCAGGACCACAGCCUGUGAUAUCUGGACAAUGUGGAGACCAGUUCUUGCAAAUUUCAUGAGAGACAAAGUUAUUGCUUGGCUGCCUCGAGAUACUCUGAAAAGAAUAAGACCCCAGAGUUUUAUUGAACACUAUCCUAACGCAACAUGUGUAAUAGACUGUACAGAAAUAUUUGUUCAAAGGCCAAAGAACUUAAAGAAACGAGCACAAACUUACAGCAACUACAAACAUCACAACACCUACAGAGUUCUUUAUUGCAUAGCCCCCAAUGGUUAUGUAAUGUUUGUGUCAAAACUAUUUGGUGGCAGAGCUAGUGAUACUUUUAUCACAAAAAACUGUGGUGUUGUUGGCCAUUUAAUUCCUGGUGAUCAGAUUUUGGCAGACCGUGGCUUUACUAUUAAAGAUGCACUUCCUCCAGGAGUGUCAUUGGCUAUUCCAGCAUUUACACGUGGCUGCAAACAGCUCUCAGAGCAUGAAGUGACAAGAACACGCUGUCUGGCCAAUGUCAGAAUCCAUGUUGAACGCGCAAUUAGAAGGUUAAAAUGUUUCAAAAUUUUGAGUAACGUAAUCCCUGGUAGUUUAAAACAUGUUGAUGAUAUUUUAAGUGUUUGUGCAGGUUUGUGUAACCUGCAACCUGCUUUGAUUAAAGGAACGAGUGGGGACGACGAGGAUGUUGAAAUGGAUGAGUUUAGAGAGAUGCAUAAGGAAGAGGGAGAUGAAUACUUAUGGGACAUUGGGGAAGACCAAGGUUAAUUUCACACAAGUAAUUGUACAUCUCUCAAUCACUGAGAGAACCGAUGAGCACACUACAAAAAACACUGUUCACUUUAAAUGUUGUAAUGAUAUGAACUGAUACCCUUUUUAAUAUUUAUUUUUAAUAUUUUUAUGUGAAUGUCUAGAUUGAUGAUUGUGUGCAAAGAUGUAGAGUUUUUGAUAGAUUUCAUAUACAAUGUGAAUAAUCUCUACAUUCUUAAUCAAUGUUAUGUAUGUUUAAUGUAAUGUUGUAGAGCUGUACAGCUCUGUAGGCCUACUCAGUGUGACACUGUUGUCAUUAAAGUCAGAGCAAAACUAUUUGAGUCCACAAACUUUGA